CACAUGACACUGUCUACUGGGAAGGUAUCAGGGGCGGACUGACCAUUUGGAAACUGGGGCACUGUCCGAGGGCCCGGGGUCAGUAGGGGGCCCCAUGAGAUGCCCCUGGUACCUUUUUCAUAGGCUUUCUUGAGUUUGGGCAAGGACACAGGGGCCCCAUGAUCCCCUAUUGCCCGGGGGCCCAUGAGUUGUCAGUCUGCCCAUGGAAGGUAUAUAUGCUCCUCUAGCUUCCCUCAGGGCCUCAGUGUUUUUCCUGUGUGUUAUGUACCAGUGGGGGGCCCCAUGAGAUGCCCCUGGUACCUUUUUCAUAGGCUUUUUUUUAGUUUGGGCAAGGACACAUGGGCCCCAUAAUCCCCUAUUGCCCAGGGGCCCCAU